AUUUACUGUAGUCACUGAAAUGUAACCUUAAUGUUUUCUUUAGUUUUAUUUCAAGCAGAGUGGGACUGAACUGAAAUUACAGGCGAUAUUAGCAAGCGAAACAGUUCAAGAAUUAGAAGUGACGUUCAUCUCAGAUAUAUUUUGAAAAAUGCUAACUUGGCGUUUGUAGUCUUUGCAUUCAGUUAACGCAACAAAACCGCAUCAAUACUACUUUCUUGGUUGUUUUGUUUCAAGCUUUUCACAUGGCAAGUGCAUUUUGAGUUUGUUUCAGUUUUGCAGAUUCAAGAUUCGAAUGUUUCGUCCUGAGCCAAUUUUGAAUUCGAAUAGGAUCGACUGUAAACCUGUAGUGGCACGUUUAUGGCCUUUUUAUUACAGUCUGCCUAAAGAAAUAGCACCAUUUGCCUAGUAGGUUUGGGAAAUAACCGCGCAAACUACAAAUGAAGCUUUAUAUUAUUAUAAAGGAGGACUAGCUAACAGUAACUAGCGGCGAUAGAUCAUUUUCGCUUCCUCGGCACUUCCGGGAAAACCGUCCGGUCGCCUUUACAUUUCCGAGAAAGCGUGCCAAGUUGUAGUUGGUCCUGGUCGUAAUAUUAUUUUCACCAUCAGCGAUUUUAUGGCUGACCGAACGAAAAAACCCCGAAAAAGGUUUUUGAAUGCGAAUGUUUUAGUGCACUGACAAUCUAUUUCGAGUUCUUUCACAUUUCUUUUUAAUAACGCUUACUGCAUGACUUUACUGCGGGUUAGUAAACAGUCUUUAGCGAGGUAAGUAUUCUACAGAUAUUUUUUUGCAUCAGAGAUUGUCGCAUAUACUGUAAAACGACCACUCGUCGACUUGACAAAUAGAUGCUUCGGGCAACACUAAGCUACUAAAUUGUCAACCGUUCAUGACUUUAUCUUUAAGUUGUUUUCGAUCCUCAUUCAGCCAUUCCUAUCUUAAUAUAGCUGAGUUUUUAAACCGCCAAAACAGCUGAAUGACUUUAUUACUUGAAUUAUUUUAGACUUUUAAUCCAACAUAGUUUUGAUUUUCACUUCCAGUUGAAUUCCUCAAUCAUUCAACCAUGCAAACCUCCAGUUUGAUACCGAAUGUGUUGAGGUAACAGAGGUGAACCUUUCGAAAGAAAACGUAAUUCGGCAAUCACUCCGAUCAUUUACUUCUCUUUCGAUAACGAGUUGAUUAAUUAGACUUUGCUGAAACUUCUAGCACAGUCUAGAAACAGAAAGAGAGAAAACCUCAAGCAGGACGAACAAUAGUUCAAUAGUGUUGUACAAUCUUAAAUUGCAGAGGAAAUGUAAUAUUCACAUUUGUACAGUGAAGGUCAUGGUUUCAAUGAUUUCCGUUUCGCAUUUAAUCAUUUGAAAGUUCCUGUGGGUAGAAGAACGUUAUAAAUGUCAUUGUAAGCAUACCUCCUCCAGUCGUUUUGAAUGUAACAAAGAGCUCAUAUUAUAAUACCAAUGCUAACAGCAGUCAUUAUUUUCUAGGGAGAGGAAUCUUCAGAAGCAGAUGAUCCUGAAUAUCAGAAAGCAUUCGCUGCUUUGGAAGAACUCGACCUUUGUUCUUUGAAGUCAGUUUUCAAGGAAAAACGUUUUCGGGAUAAGACCCUAUCUUUCAUACAAACUGAAGCUGAAUUAAGAAUAAUUCUUAAAGAGGAACUGAAACUACCUUUUGGUGAACAGUUUGAAUUCAGUCGUCUGUGGUUUCAAAAAUAUCAUGAAAGUGGAGCUACAGCAACAUUAAAGUGAAAAAAGAAUCGUUUAGCAAGAAGAAUGUUCAAGUACUGCGAAAAGACAAGAACCAAGCAAGUGCAGUAGCGGACGUUAACGAUGAGGAAAAGGAAAUCAAUAUAAAGGGGACUGCACUGGAACACAAGACAGAGGAUCCCAUGAAAGCGGAGGUUAAAGUUUGUUUUGACCUCACAGAUGUUUGCGAAACUGAGUCGCUGACACCUCAAGGUGAAAAGGAACUUCCAGUUGACUGUAGCUGGUCAAUUUUGAAAGACGACAUAGAGAAAGAGAAAGUGAUAGAUGAAUACGUAUUGGAGAUUGCAAGCUCUAAGGAAGAUCAAGCUGCAAUGACACUCAACCCCUUAACAGUAGCAAAUGAGGGUACAUCGGCUGAAAGCAACGUUGUUAAACUUGAAGAACUCGAGGAAAACCCUGUGAUUAAGGACAUAGCUAUGAGAAGAAGCAGCUGUUCAGUUAAAGAUGAACGAAGCGUAAGGAAAGGUUCAUACAUCGGUGUCGGUUGCCGAGGAAUCAGCGUUGACGAAAAAGGAGCUCCCACAGUUGUAAGUGGUAAGGACCGUCUUGCUAUGAUCGACAACAAUGACAGUUACAAAGAGCGAUCAACUGCUGGCGAUGGGCCAAAAGAAAUUUUCCUCAACGAAAACGCGGACGUAGAUACCACACUUGGAGAAGAUAAAAGCAAACCUUCCAACGCAGAAUCUAGCUCACAAAGUAAACGAAAAAAGACAAAAAAGGAGAAGGCUUCCAAGGGGACAGACAGUGCUCAAAACAACACUGAAAAGAAGGAAACAAAGAACGAAGAACAAACUUCUUCCGAAGGUGAAGUUACAUCAAAAAUUCGUGAUCCCCUUAUAGCUGAAGUGAUUACAUUGGGUAAAGGCGAUAUUGUUGAAGCUGAAACAAGUCCUGAAGACCAUGCCAGAGUUUUUUCCUCAAAAACACAUUCUUCCAUUUCGUGUUUCACUAAGACAGCUACGGGAAACGACAAAGAAACGUGUUCCAGUGAAAAUGAUCAACAAGAGGUAUCUUCAGAUACGUCUGCCUCCAAAAGCUCUUCGCUAAAAAACGUGGCGUCUUCAAGCUUAGAUUCUGGAAAUGAUAGAUCAGAGGAGCAGAAACGUAAAUCCCAAGACAAGCAUCUCAAAACUGGAGCAAAAAGCAAGGAAAACGAAUCCACUAAAAUUGUUAGAUGCAAGCCAAGGCCUCGCGGACUUGGUGGUGGAGAAACUUUCUAUGAGAAAGGUUUCGUUUUGGACGCUGAAGAAAACAGAGAAUUGGAAUUCAAAUCACUUGUGAGUGCCCAGCCUUGUUCUCUUCCAUGGAAGAUUAUGGAGAAGGCAAAAAAGUUCAUCUGCGCUUGCUUAAAUAAUGACCGAAAAGGCAUCAUCUACUUCGGAGUUGGAGAUAGUCAGGAGCAAGGUUCAAAGUAUAAGCACGGAGAAAUUCUGGGACUCGAGGUCGAGGAUAUCAAAGAUGAUAUCAAUAAAGCCUUCCAGUUUGUCCUUGAUGACCACAUCAAGAGCGACGCCGGACCGCUGCAAAAGGGAGGAGAACAAAAUUGUAUUAACUUACAUUUUGUCCCAGUCAAGAAUCAAGGAAAUCGUAGUAACCUGUACGUCAUAGAAAUAGAGGUCUCCCGAGAAUGGCGAUUCUGCAAAGACAACGUCUAUUACACCAAAAGCUGGACGGAGAAGCGAGGAGCUGACAAGGAUUGUGCCGGAAAGAAAGGGUUGGGCGACUACUACAAAGUAAGAGACGAGUUCGACGACGUUGCAAUUCGUACCAAUGGCGCAUCUUCCUGUGUGAAACACCUUGAGGUUGACAGGCAGGUGAAGAAACCGCUGGAAAUAAAGUACAAGGAGUGGAGGCGCAAGGAAAAGCACGGUGCGAACGAUAUACUUGAAGAACUCAGUCUAGAGGAUGGUGACGCAAAAAGAUUAAGGGAACGAUUACACGAACUCAACUACAAAGACUAUGGCUACAUGCUAAUCGCAAACAAGUUACCCGCUCAGUACAGAGGAACAGCGCAUUUCUCCUUCCUGCAAAACAUCCCUUGGGUUGCUGUACUUGACUUGUUUGACCCAUCAUCUAAACGAGAUGGUUUACACUACGCUUGUAACGAGACAACCGACGCACUACGCGCUAAAGUCAGAACUCUUGACGAUUUUAAAGAAGCAUCCGACAAAGAUACUCUUCUCUCUACUCGAGGGACAACCUGGAUUCUCAGCAAUGAAGAAAUGCAGAAGGGUGAUUGGAUAAUGUGUUCCAAGGACUGCUUAUAUCGUGCUCUGUCAGCUUACAAAGAGUGCUUUCUUCCAGGGCGGUUGGUGUGUGUGUUCCUGUGUUUCGGCGAGACUGCGGUUGAAGAAAUGGCAGAUAUCAUGGAAAGCAGUUUUAGCAUUCUCGGGAAUUCGGCAAGUAGCUGUGUUACCAUUAUUAGUGAAACCAAACCUGUGGCAGAGACUUUCCUCAACGCUUCAAAGCUCUCUCUUCGGAAGGAAUUAAGGGAAUGUUCCAUAACCGGUAUUCCCUGGGUGCAUUUGAAGGAAAUUGUACGUGAGAUGGUGGGACCGUCCAAGUUUGAGGAAAAGGGCGCCACAACGGAACUGCCGUAUUUUACAGGACAAGUCAAGGAGGUUCUCAACAAAAUUGUCAACUCCUGGAAUGACUUAGAAGUGUACAGUCCCAACCCUCGGUUGCCCAAGUUCGCAGAAGCCAUUGAAAAGGAACGGGAUGCAUUUUAUAAGGGUGCUCAGGCUAGUCAGAUCAAUUUGGUCCAAGACCACAGCAUUCCUCGAAGUCUUGAAAAAGAGGUUAAUUCCAAGGUUGAACGGGCACUGAAGUCUCUGUCGAAAGAAAUUAUUGACGCCAACUACCACAUGAAGACCAUAACUCUUCCCUACGAACCAGGAUCUGGUGCAACUACCCUCUGUCGCGGAAUCCUUUGGAAUAGAAGAAAGGACUAUCGCUGUGCUGUGGUAAAAGCCAUAACAUCAUCUACAGACUACCAGAUCGAUAAAUUGCAGAGUAUUGGCUACGACGAGAAGAAUUUCAUCUACUCACUUCCUGUUCUUGUGCUUGUUGACAACUUCCCGGAGAGAGAUGUGCGUCUCUUGACAGAACACAUAAUGAAAAGGCAAACAAAAUGUGUUGUGCUCGCUACACUGCCCAUUGCAAAGUCGGCAACAAAUACCAAAUUUGAGAUAACACCUCUUCGAAAACUGGACGAGUUGGAGACGAGCCUUGUUAAGAAUAUUUUGAUUAACAUCAUGAGUGACAACGAGAGAAGAAGGGAAGCUGAACAAGUUCUUGAAAGAGAAAAGAGGUUCAUUUGGUUUGGUUUGGAACUGUUUGGAAGAGAUUACUUGAAGAUCGAAGAGAGGCUGCAGAAUCACAUCCACAGUAUCCUCAUGGCUUUCCUGGGUGAUUCGCAGAGGAUGCACAGAAGUAUGCUAGAAAUGUGCUGCUUUCUAAACAAGUACAGUGAUGGUUGGGUCAUCCUACCUCAUUCGGUGGUGCUGGACUGCCUCUAUGAGACAAGUUUGGUGGCAAAACAGCGAUGUUCAGCUAUUCAAGAUGUCCAUGAAGUCUUCGGAGGACUCCUUGUUGAAGAACAAAACGAAACCAAUGGUUAUUAUGGCUGGCGACCGGCGCAUUCCCUUGUCAGUGAGGUCGUCAUAUCAGGGAUAAGUUUAGAGAGCACUGCCAUACACACUUUAGAGCAGGUCUGCCGUGGAAAGGCGUACGUAAUGAAGUUCUUGAGACAGCAAGUUUUUCGACUGUUUUUGGAACGUAAAAGAAUAUCUGAUCCUGUCUUUGUCGAGGAGCAGGCAACAGACGACGGCGCAGUUGGCACCGAUUUAGAAAACGAAGUCUUCGGGUUUUACGGGAAACGCACCAGAUAUUCACCUGUUAUCAUGGAUAUCUUGGAUAAAGAAAGUAACAUUCAAGGCGCUCUGAAUGUUCUUCUUACGAUCUGUGAGCAAGCCACUCAAACCGAGGAUAAAGCUUACGUAUGGCAACAGAUGGCAAGAUUCAUGGGUUAUGAGAUGCGUGCUAAUCAAAUGGACGAAAAGGACGAGCUACAUGAGCGACUAUACCACGCUAUGACGAAAGAGCAUCCCAUAAAGCUGUCCAUGCCACGAACUGGAAUUGAUGCUGCACACAUUGCAGUCGACAUUGCUGUUUCUUACCAACCCAGUUACGUCAACCACUACACGACUAAGGGUGUGCUCUACCUUCUUCAGCUCAGAGAUUUCAAGCCUCCAUUGCUUCCAUCACUUCCUGAAGCGAUUGAAAUAUGCCGCAAAGCAUUAGGUGUAUACGACAAAGCCCUCCAGAAUUCCCGUGAGCCUAAUCAUUUUUCAAUGAUUGGAAAAAUCCAAGCCAUCGUUUCUUUACUACAAAUCAUUAAGGAUCUGCCCUGUUUUCAGUUUGAAGAUAGAAAAUUCACUACGUACUUGAAAAAAGGAGACGUCCCCCCUGAAAUGGAAGAAGUUCUUUCGUUGAAUGAUCAGGACUACGUACAGGGACUUUGUUCUACCACACUUGAUCUGCUGAACGAGCUGUUUGGAAAUGUAAAACUGAAGCAAACGACCACAUAUGAUGAGAAUGAAAUAAGAGGUCUUAACAAUGCAAAGAUAAGAGCUUCAAAUCUGCGCCGAAAAUUCUAUGAAAUCACCGGAUUCGACAAAAGAGAGCUAACUACUGAAGAGUACUUAGUGUGCCAUUUUUCCUCAACAAAGCAAGAACUUGCUCUUUAUCAACAAAAGGUUCAAGACAUGCUCUUUUUCAAGGAUGAGACGCCCUACAGUGCUUGGUCAACCCUUACUGAUGCGGAUGUGUCUUUUAUUUACAAGUUGCUGAAACCUCUUUGUCUUCGUGGUCGUGGAAGCCAUAAUGAUAUGCUGAUUUGUUCCAAGGCUUGUCUUCAACUUGAAAACAGACCUCCAGUUGACGAGCUUGACAAAAUCGUCAAGAAUUGGGUGGAAAAGUUCCCAAAGUCAGAAUGGGCGCAUCUGUUCUACUACAUGAUUCACUUUCCCGUUCCCAAUGGAAGCCUUGCUCGCUGCAAUGCAGACACUAAAGCAUCAGUCAACAAAUGUGCCAGCAUUGUUAGAGAAAAGGCAGGUUCAGGAUUUCGAAAAUCCGGUGCUGAAUAUUUUCUUGGUAAGGGCAUUGGUCUCAACGCCAUUCUGAGUAGUCAAGAGUUUCGGUGGCUGGAGACAAAGUGGAAAACCAAAACGGAGUUCUGGAGAGGGAAGGAGCCCUCCGAGAGGUUAGAACGCGUGCAAGGUCAAAAAGACGUAGGCAGUAAAGGCAUUAUCUCAUACAAAGGAAUCCAACUUCACUUCGACAACACACUUUACCCUAACGAAAGUAAAGAUGACCUUUGGUUUUACGUCGGUUUUACUGUUGCUGGACCCUAUGCAUAUGAUCCAGUUGACAACGACACCUACGCCGCAUUAAAACGAGAAACUUCGUCGUGUACGUCAUUGCCAACACCUUACUCCUCAUCCGAGAGGUCCAAUGCCAGCGAGAAACGGAAUAUUUCCUCUCGUUGCUUUGGUCGAAGUAACACUCAGGUGGCCAGAAAUUCAUCAGAGGCACCUCACGAUGAGGGGUUUAAUCGACGCCAUUACGUUAAAGAAAAGUUUCGUGGCAGUCCACCUACGCGCCAUUACGUCCGUUCAUCUCCACAGUUCUCUGAAGAUGACCGUGUCCCAGAAUGGAGGUCUGCUUCGAGUUCAUCGUCUGCCAGUACAAAUCAAAAUCAUUCCAUUUCAAGCUUGGGUUUACCUAAGUCGGCCCCGCGAACAGACACGAGGACUGAUGGAUGGAAACAUUGCAAAUGGCGCAUUGAAGCAGACGCUUCAACCAAGAAAAGAGAAAAUUGGAAAACAGUCGAAGGAACCCGUGGCCACAAGAAGAGAAGUUUUGAACCAAGAUACGAAUCCCAAGAUGGAAAACUUCAUCAUGGCGCUUUCGUUCUCGGCACUCGCAAGUCACAAGAGUGUCAGUGUCACACAAACACAACGAGAGCAGAAAUCGAGGUCACUGAUCGUUGCAAUUUUGCGCAUGGAUGGAGGGGUGAUACUCUACAGCAUGUUUGCACCAAAUGUACCGAUGAAGACUUGACCUGCUGUAAAGAAAAGACAAAACAUGAACAGUUCAUUUGGAAUCUGGGUCCUUACUACAACAGCAAUGGAGACAUCUGGAAGGAUAACAAGAGCUUAUGUUAUGAUUGGAUGUAAGUUCUUGGGGUUCGGAAAUCACAGUUGAUUAUGAAUCUGAUUUUGAAGAGGUGUGGGUAUUUCCUAAAGGAUAAGAAGAACGUAGGUGCUGUCCACGUUGUUCUCAGGCUGCAGGAAGAGACUUUUUACUGUCACAGAGGCUUUCACCACCCAGGUACCAGUGAAUGGUUGGGGCAUCCUGGGUACUGCUGGGAGAAAAUAUGCGACGGAUGGACAAGCAACCCAGACAUGGACAACUCUAGUGAUACGUCUACCUGGACAGUGAUUAUCUGCAAGACAUUAUGAGUCAGGUGAUGUUCUUCUGUUAUCUGGGGAUCACUAAACUGUUAACUAAGAACUGUCUCGCCUAUACACUUGACAAUAAAACAACGUCGCUUUAAACAUCCAGGAUAAAAUCAGUUAUGCGUUUGGGAUUCAUUUGCAUAAACUUUAGACAUCGCUAAUAAUUUGAUUGAAACAAAUGGGCGGUUCUUAAAAAUCCUUAGAAUUCAUUUACGGGACCUAUUUAGAACAAUUAGCUACAUUGGACCACAAUGCAUGUGGUGUGGUUAAUAGAGCCCCUCUUUGGGUCAGACCAGCGAGCUAUAGACGACAAUCCUGAUCACGUGUGGUGUCGCUUUCUCUUCUCACCGCUGCUAAGAAGUCGCGCAAGUUUGAGAAACUUCAUCCCCAGGCACUAACGUAUCAGUGUUGCCAUAUAGUGGCCACGAAGUGCUUACAAACGCCUACUGAGACAUAACCAGAUGCUGUACCCGAUGGUUGUUUCAGUGGAAACAACUUAUCAACAAAUGAACACGAAACAGGAAGUCCACACGGUCCAUUUAUAGCAUUUAUUGAUUUAGAUGGAAAAAAAAAAACCUGAGAAGCACUUUACCAAUCGGUAAAGCCCAUCUACUAGACUCUAGGAUUUUACCUUGAGUUACUAGAAAGGUGUAUACAAAGGUGUUGAUAUUAUUAAGACAAGUAAUUUAACAAGAAACAACUCAAAAAGAUCCGAAUGAAGAAUGCCUUUCAAAGAAGUGGCAAUUGCAAACCGUACUUGUUGUUCAGUUUGCCGUUUUCAAGUGAAAUAACCAGAACAAAUGACGAUAUCACAACAGGCAAACCAGUUCUUACUUUCUAAGGAGUGCCAGUAAACUGCGUAGUCACAGCUUAAUCGUUUAUUCGCGGUGGCGGAAGAGAGUAUUAUUCUCUGCUUUUCUUUCUCUUUUCAAAAAAGGAAAGAACAAUUGUUUGCAGGUUACCUGUUACCGCUCCCGGCCCAUUUGAUGAGGAGCGGCUGUAUUUGUGUGGUAUUUGAGGCGGGGCAACUAACUAUAUUUGUGUACUUUACUCGAGUCCUGACUUCAUCCAAUUUAUUUAAGAACUAAAGAACUCUUCAGGUUUUUUUUUUUUUAAGCAAACGUCAAAACUAAAUUCCUUGAUAAGCCUGUACUUCAUGAUUCUCUCCAUGGUGGAGUCGGGAAAUUUGCUGAUCGUUUACAAAGCCAGUAACGUAAGAUUAUGUCCUUGAAAGGUCUAUUGCAUUUGUCUGCAGACGUUACACCACACGAUCUUUCACGGUGCACAUAUGCUGUCCUCGCCAAGAGGAAAGCUCAAAACUUCAAUCGAAGAAGAGUUUGAUGUAUCGCCAUCCAAUCAAAGCUGUAGGAGUAGCUUUCUUGACUGUGAUUGGCUGCCAGUUUGCUUGACAGAAGAUGAUUUUGUAUCCUUUUUCUGCAAACAGAAUCGAAUUGUUAGUAAAUUUACAUUGCAAGGGAAAAGCGGAAGAAACCCAUUCUUACAAUGCAGUUGAAGAUGGUUGAAACACGUUCGAACUACCAUUCUUUUUUAUUGUAACAUGCCAAGCCAAGCGAGUAACACAAGGCGAGUUGGAAGACUCCAAGCAAAGAUUUGCGUGAAUUUUCAUAUUUGUUUGUUGCAGCUACUUGCAGUGGCAAUCAUACUGGGUGAGUGCGUAUUCAUAUGAUAUUCAUAAGAAGCGUGUAUUAAUGAUAGAACUGUUACCUUUGACCUCAAAGUCUGGGCUUGGUGUUGUAGAUUCUGUCUUUCUGCAAAGAAGCGAGAAGGGGCGUGUUAAACAAGUGAAAAAGUAGCUCAAAUGUGAUAAGGAACCAGGAGACCAUGGUCUCUUGAUCAUGGUCUCUUCAGGAAACCGUAAAAACCAAGAAACGUCAAAAUAUCCGAGAGACUGAGACUCAUGGACUGAGUGUAAACGGCGGUGUUUAUAAGAGCAGUUAUUUGACAACACAAAAUAACUAGCGAACGUUUUCUGUCUCAUUAAGGCAAUGCAUUAUAUUGUAUUAACCCCCUCUUCGACUUAAUGAGUGUUCACAUAUAUAUUUCUCUUCCUUGUGCAAU